GGACUUAUUUAAUCAACGGACAACUUCAGUCAUUAGAAUGUUUUGUUUACAUAUUUUUCCACGUUGUCUCAGUGGUUACAUAUAAAGAUGACUUUAAUGCUUUAUGCAAAUAAAAACUUUUAGAAUUUGACAUGUGGAAGAAGGAAUCUGAUCGCUUCGAGUAUUUACAAACACUCGUCACGGAGUUUCAGGACACCGACAGCGAUGAGGCAAAGGAGCAAGUUCUGGCCAACUUGGCGAACUUUGCUUAUGACCCGAGGAACAUCGAGCACCUAAAGCAGCUUCAGGUCGCUGAUCUCUUCCUAGACAUGCUCACAGAGGAGAAUGACAACUUUGUGGAGUUUGGAAUAGGAGGGCUUUGCAACCUCAGCAUGGACCCGGAAUGUCGUGACCUCCUCCUCCAGAGCGAUGCCAUCCCCCUAGUAACAAAUUGUUUGUCCAGUCCUCGGGAGGAGACUGUCCUCUCAGCCAUCGGAGCCCUCAUGAACCUGGUCACGCCGACGUCGGGCCAGUAUGUCACGGAUGUGGCUAUAGUUGAGUGCAUGGUGCGUUUCUCAAUGUGCGAGAGCCCACGCUUGCGCAACCUUGCCGAGGUCUUUCUGCAGGAUUGCUGCAGUGAUGACCAAGUCUCCCGAGCCCGGCAGGACAUGAUGGGACGAACACAGACUGCGCUUGGUAUCCCGCUGCCAAAAGACUGAAGUAUUAAGUAUAAGUCACGUUCAGUUCACUUUUUAGUACACAAGAUUUUUUUUUUUUUUUUAAAGUCCAGCGAUUUGGGAGUAGGACCAAAGUUGGAUCAUGUACACAGAAAACUUUUAAUUUUUGAAUGACCAAAUUUGUUCCAUCAUAACAAUGAUGAUUGAAAACACGUGAAGCAAGACUGAAAUGUCAGAACUUUAUUUACAUCUCAAAAGCAAAGGCCCAACAAGUAAGAAACAUGAGCCUGAAAUCACAGAACAAUACAAUAAAUACAGUGCAAUUACAGCUUUGAAGGCAUCAAGUUUAUAUCAUUUUUGGACAUUAUAAAAUUCUAAUGCACACAAGUCCAGGCCAUUUCGAAGAGUCGUCAUAUUACAUUCAAUGUCAAACUAAAGAGUUCAUGUUAAAAUAAAAUACAAACUUAAAUUAGAAGGCAAAUAUUUAAAAAAAAAAAAAAAAAAAAAAAAAGGCAAAGUGGGAGCUGUUCAGGCUUCAAUAGGAGUGCCGUGCACUCUGAAUCUGUACAUGCAGGUGUAUUCUUGGUGGCCCCAGUUGGAAUGGACUUGCACUUCGAUGACUUGGAAGGCACGCUCGUUCUCCUUUUGAAGGUAGAAAAACAAAUUCACUUGAUUUCAGAUGGAAAUCAGAGGUUUACAAAGUUUUGGGGUUUUAGGAACCCAUACAGAGUUGCUUCAUUUCAAUGAACUAAUAUAAUGUAAAAAAAAAAUUGUUGAAAAAUGCCAAUGUGACGAUAAUUCACUGCAAGCCUUUUCCAGUCAAAAUGAAUAGCGUACCGCACGUAACACGUCACCUUUGAUCAUUAAUAUUCAUGACGUUAACAACUGUUGCUGGGGGGGUCAAACUUGCGUUUGUCCCUCAUGCUAGAUGCAUGUAAAUAGUGUACUAACGAGAUGUUUACUGAGCUAAACCUACCAAUUUUGUCCGAAAAUUAAGUCCCUGGUGCCAAAUUCACUGGUAAAGAUGUGGAAGAACAUACAACUGUUCAGUUAAAGAGAUUGAUUGAGUGUUGAGGGCUGAAAAGAGGAAAAAG